GCUUCCUCCAGCUCUGGGACGUUUAUCCAGUACUUCGUCCCCGACUCUGCCACUAGCCCCACCGCAGCAGCGAGCCCAUCUCCCCAUCCCCCUUUGCAAAACGUCAAUGCGCCAGGCAAGGGUGCGAAGAUGGGCAAGAGCCGCACAGCCUUCUCACAGGAGCAGCUGAAAGUCCUACACUUGUGGUUCCAAAGCCAGAAGUACCUCAGCCCCCAGCAGAUUCGGGAGCUGUCUGCUGCCCUUGAGCUCACCUACAAGCAGGUGAAAACAUGGUUUCAGAAUCAACGGAUGAAAUUUAAACGCUGCCAAAAGGAGAGCCAAUGGGUGGAAAAAGGGAUGUACCUAUCAAAGAAAAGGGUUCAUCAGGCUGCAUACCUGGAUAGAACGCCCACAUUUCAUCAGGUCUUCCCUAUCGGUGCCAGCAGAAACCUUCAGGCUGUGGCCAACAUGCACCAGGCUUACAGCAGUGGACAAAUUUAUGGGAAUGGGCAGAACCUGUACUCAUAUAUGGCUGUGGAGGGUGAUGGGAUCUUUGGAAAAGAUAGUGCAAGCUGCAAUACCCAGCAAGCCAUGGGUUUAUUAAACCAGCAAAUGAACUUCUAUCAUGGCUACUCUGCCAAUAUGGAUUAUGUCAGCCAGGAGUCAGAAGACACUUGCAGCUUCCAGAACACCUCUGACAGUGUCAUAUCAUUCUCGAGCUCUCCCAUAUAGAAUCAAUGCCAGGUCCCUUGGCAUCCCAUGGGGACCCAGAGUGGUUAUGAGUCUUGGGUCUAA